AUGAUGGCUUUGUUGUGUUACACCGCCAUCGUGACUCCGAUGGAAGUCGGUUUCUAUACCCCGAGUUUCAACGCGUUGUUUUACAUCAACCAGUUCGUGACGGCUUGCUUUGUCACCGACCUCGUGUUGAACUUUUUCAUCGCCACGCCUCAUCACCGCACUGGGCACUUGGUUUACAAUCAGGCGUACGUCGCCCGAACGUAUCUCAAAAAGUGGUUUGUCAUAGACUUUUUGUCGGCGAUUCCGUUCGACGCCAUGUAUUUGGGCGUCGGCUCGAGCGCGUUGGCGCAGCUCAGUAUUCUGAGGACGUUGCGUCUUCUGCGUCUCGUCAAACUCGUGCGGAUUUUACGAGUGAACCGAAUUUACAAGCGGCUGGAAUUGGUUUACACCAUCGAUUACUCAUUAUUAGAGCUCAUGAAGUUUGGCUUGACGGCAAUCAUGUUUGCGCAUUGGCUCGCGUGUGGAUUCGGCUUGGUUGAAGAUUUGGAAGGGACGAAGUACUCUUGGACGCGAUCCACAGAGUUCGGAGAUUUGGUCAUCGGUCCCGACGGGGGUGAGCCGCGAGAGAUCGUCGGCUCGUUGAGGCUGUAUCUUGCGGCGCUAUACUGGUCCACGAUGACCAUCUCCACCAUCGGUUACGGAGACAUCGUUCCAGUAACGACUGGAGAGCGAGUGUACGUCAUCAUGGCCAUGCUCAUCGGCGCGUUUGAGUACGGUUACAUCGUGGGGGCUGUGUCGAACGUCAUCGCCACGAGGAACGAAAAGGUGAACAAGUUCCAAGGCGUGAUGCGGGACUUGAAUGGAUUCCUAAUUGAUCACGGUUUUCCCCAGGAUUUGCGCGUUCGCUUACGAGAGUAUUUCAAGUAUCAACUCGAUGGCGCCGACGCCGACGUGUACAGAAGAUUGCUCGACAAAAUGUCGCCGGCAUUGCGAUCUGAGUGCACUAUGCGCAUGAAUACGUGGAUACGUAAUAUCGACUUUUUCAAACACUGCCCUGAGCCACUGGUCAUUCACUUGUCGACUCGUGUCGUCGAGCACACGUUUCCGCCAGAGGAGACGUUGUUCAGACCCGGUGAUGCAGUGUCAACCAUUUUCCUCAUUCGCCGUGGUGUCGUUCAAGUCGAUGGAUUGAUAAAAAUGUCUGGGAAAACUAUCGCAGAGGAGGCGUUGUACUCAUCCGAUACGCUGCUCUACGGCGCACAGGCGUUGACGUACGCGAACAUCUACACCCUCGAACGCGAAGAUUUUCACGAGUCGCUCGCGCCAUUCCCCGCGACGAAAAAGUUCUUCCGUCUCAAAGGUAUCAAGAUUAUUUUUAGAGGCGAAAUAAUCGCGUAUACCAAAGCAUACACCGCUUUGAAGAAGUAUGGCUUAGACGCAGAUUUAUCACGCGAAGUCAGCGCACGUCCUGCGUUUUAUUUACAAAAGUUGCGAAUAAUUUACGGAGACGACGGAGAAGGUUUGGACGAUCCGAAAAUCCUCGAGCAGAAGACGAAGGCGGCAGUUGUCAUUCAGAAACGUUUCAGAGGCAUGAUUCAUAGGGUGUCACUCCACCGACUCCUCGUUGAGCGUGGUGUUCAAGGAAUUUUCCACAAAGUAUUACGCGAGAGAGAUCCGAUGAGUUACACGGCUCGCGCCGUGGACGUGUUUCAUUGGCGCCUGGCGUACUCCCUGACCGAGAUGCAUCGGAAAUUGAAUUCUUUGCUCGAUCACGGGAACAUCGAAGACGUAGUCACAAAUGAAUCUUCUGGACCGCCAAGUUUGAUGGCGACAGCGCUACAAGCGGCGACGGGCAAGGCGAUGACGGCGCCGCGCAAGGGAGCUAACAAGGCGUCGACAGACGGAGCACCGCCGCAGACGCCCGUGACAAGCGCACGAGCGCCCGUGAUCACCGCUGCGGCGGCUGGGUGGGAUACUACAUCCACAGAGAAUCCUCUUCAACGGUUGCAAACCCGCGUAGACGAACUCACCAAUCGCCUCGUGCCCCUCGAUCGUAAAAUAACAUCUUCACAGGCAAAGCAAACAGCUGCGUUGGCGGAAACGAACGAGCGACUCAGCGAAGUCACUGCUCAGCUCGAGACACUCCUGAAUCUGACGGUAUCUAACAUGGAGACAGGCUUAGCCGAGGCGAGAGUAGUAGCUCGAGCGUCUAGACCUCGGCGACAAUCGCUUUCGCCACCGCCGCGCUCAGAGGCGCUUUCCCGGUGA